AUGGUUGCGAGAUUAUAUUGGGUGGCACCGAACAGGGGCGAACAGUUCUAUUUAAGAAUGCUGUUGAGUUCUUUCCCGUGCCGUGGUUAUGCCGACUUGCUAACUUUAGGUGGACCAAAUUGUAAAACGUUCCAAGAGGCAGCUCGGGCAGUCGGUAUUGCUAACGAUGAAGAAGAAUACGAGAAAUGUAUUCAAGAGGCGGCAGCAUUUUAUAAUGGAAAAAAGCUUAGACACUUUUUCGUACUUUUAAUUACCAAUGGCGCCCCUGCAAGGAUUUUGUGGGAUAAAUUCAAACAUCUCAUAAGUGAAGAUAUUUUGGAACGCCAACCAAACGAUCAAGAAGAUCGCGCGUAUAACCAAGCGUUAAAGGAAAUUGACCGACUCCUCCGCAAACAUGGAAGUCGUCUUCAGGACCAAGGGCUGCCAGUUGUUCGAGACGACACAACAGAAUUAGAUAGAGAGCGAGUAGAAUAUAAUAAUGACAGUUUACGCGAAUUCGUUACUCGAUGGGUACCAUUAUUAUCGCAUGCACAGAAACGCGUAUUCGAUCACGUCUUAAAGUUAUUAGCAACUGACCACUCUUGUGACGAGACACCUCGUACUUUAUUUUUGGACGGUCCUUCAGGCACUGGUAAAACAUUGUUGCUAAAAGUUAUAGUAGCGUAUGUACGGGGAAUACUGAAAGCUGUUGCAAUUUGUACUGCGAGUUCGGGAAUAGCUGCACAGAAUUACGAAGGCGGUUGCACAGCUCACAGUAUGUUCCGAUUACCAUUAGAAGUGAUCGAUGACACGAGUCAUUGGAGUUUAACCAAUGGUACCCAGCGGGCUGAACUAAUUCGCGAAUCCUCCAUUAUUAUAUAUGACGAAGCGCCAAUUUCGCACAAGUAUCUUGUACACAUUCUUGACCGGUCACUGCAAGAUUUGAUGGGCUGCAGAAAAGCGUUCGGAGGAAAAAUAAUGAUUUUCGCUGGUGACUAG